UUCAUAAUAUGAUAACAUUCUGAGUAUUGUAACGAUGUAUGCUAUAUAGUAUAUGUAUCUGUGAAAUCUUUUUGAAGAAAGAUUUCAGUAUGUGAGUGAGUCCCACUCUCACACUUAUGUAUCAUGUUAGCAUUGAGUAUAGUAGAAGGGAAGAAUGUAAGCAUGAGGCAUAGUGAUGAGUCACGAGUUGUUUGUGCAAGUGUCAACUGAGUGUAAGAAAUUUCAAUUUCUAUGAUUUUGUGCUAGCAAUUUUUGUAAUAAAUAUUAAAAUAAACAAAUAAAGAUGAAUGAUACAGACGUUAACGAUCGUCCGAAAUGGUUGUUAGAAUUGGAAAAUCGAAAAAGAAAGCCCCGAUUGGCACAUGAAGCUGGAGCAGGUGCACUUUGUGUUCUUUGUAAAGCUGCAUGUCCAGGAUUGGAUUUACAUUUUUGGAGAAAAAUUUGUAAAAAUUGUAAAUGCAGCAAAGAUGAUCAUGAUGUUGAUGAUGAUGAUUUUCCGCAAUUUGAUUUGUUAUUUGGGACUUCAAGAAAAUAUAAGAAAAAAUCCAUAUUGUUACAUAUAAAUAAUGAAAAAGAACAUGUAGGAGAAGCAUUCGAAUGGGUACCAGAUACAACAAAAGAACUUGCUGCAGAUUAUAUGAAAGCCUUACCUGUAGAAAAGUUACCUAUUAAGGGAUCAGCUGGAGCAGCUUUGAGAAGACAGUUAUUACAAAAACAGCUUCCUCUUCAUGACAUAGAUUAUAAAACUUGUGAUAAAUUAAGUGAUCAAGAGAAAAAACAAUUUGAAAGGUAUUUAGAAAAUAUAAAAAAAUAUGUGGGACAAGGAACAGUGACAAAAAUAUUAAGUGCUCGUCCAUUUGAUGGAUCACUGAUAACACCUGUGAAUGCGACUGAUAUGCAACAUCUUAGUCCACAAAAUAAACCUAAUGUACCAUCAAGUUUUGUUCAUUUACGUACACCAAGUAGUUUUGCUCCAAAAGGUUCACCCAAGAAGAACUUAUAUGAAAAUUUAAAUAUAUGUAACUUCUCUACUCCUUUAGAAACAAGUAACAGUGGUAAUAUUGAAAAUAUUCCAGUUCUUGAAAAACAUAAUAUAAACAGUGAAGAUGAUAAAAUUAUUAAAGGUAAUAAUCAUAAUAUAACAAAAGACAACUUGAAGUAUUUAAAUGAUGCAGCAGUCACAAAUGUUAAUUCUGAAACUGUAUUAUCUUGGAAUCCAUCAGAAUGUCAUAAGAUAGCAUACAAAGAUGUGCUCAAAAAUCCAUCUACAUCUCUGUUACAUUCAAAACCAAUAAAUGACGAUAUUAAUACCGUAGAAGCUUUGUUGGCAAAUACUUUGCCAUUACAUAGUACAGUACAUGCAAAUGAUAUAGUAAGAAGUACAUUGGAUGAAAAGGGUUUAAUGUAUAUACGCGAAAAACUCACAAAUAAGUAUAGUAAUCAAGAAAAUCAAGGACAGGCGUUAUGCAGUGGUCCGAAUUUCGCAAAAAGUUUAGAUUCGAAUAACUUACUAUGUAAAAAUACUGAUUUUGGAUUACAAAAUGAAAAUAUUUCUACAAACGAAGGAGCUGAUAAAACAGGCACUAUUACUAAUAUAAAAUACCCUGGAAUAUUUUCAUCAAAGGAUAAACUUCAAAAAAUAAAACAGAAUAUUCGCGAUUCUGGACUAAUAAAAGCACAAGUGGAAACAACGAGGACUGAUUCAAAUUUAGUUAACUCUGAUUCUUUGCAUUCUACAGGACCCCUCAAUGUAGAAAAUUUAACAGAAAAUAAGUUACAAAAUCCUUCAAAAUUAACGGAAAAGUUAUUUCCUUUACCGGCAUCAUCGUCACAAACGUAUUUACAGACCUCUGAUAUUAAUAAUUGUCAAGGAAUAGUAAAUAAUUUUACAACACCUUCUACUAUUAUUCAUUCUGAGAAAUUGGAGAAUCAAAUUUUUCCUCAUGAAACUAAUCCUAAAAUAAAACAAUCGGAACAACAUUUUCCAAAUAUGGAACAUCUUAGGAGUAUCACGGAAGAACUAACAAUAGAUUCUAAAUCACAAAAAUGUCAAAAAUGCGAAGAAGGAUUCCGUGUUGGUGAUGUUGCUGUAAUCACAGACAAAGCUAAAAAUGCAGUAUGGCAUCCAGGAUGUUUUACAUGUAGUAUGUGUAAUGAAUUAUUAGCCGAUUUAGUAUAUUUUUAUUAUAAAAAUAAAUUAUACUGUGGUAGAGACUUAGCAACACUCCUAGGAAUUCCUAGAUGUUUUGCUUGUGAUGAACUUAUUUUUGUACGAGAAUACACUGUCGCAGAAGGACAUAAUUAUCAUGUAAAACACUUUUGUUGUUGGGACUGCGAUAUUCCAUUAGCUGGAAAACAAUAUAUCACAGAAAAUGAUUGUCCAUUAUGUCUCUUGUGUUAUCAAAAAACAUAUGCAAAAACGUGUAAUAUGUGUGAGAAGGUAAUUGCUGCUGAUCAACAAGGCGUUGCUGUUAAGGACUUAAAUUUUCAUGCAACAGAAGCUUGCUUCCAUUGUUAUAUUUGUAAUAAAAAUUUGUUAAAUGGCAGAUUUGCUGUUAAAGAGAAAAAAAUAUUUUGUAGCAAGGAAUGCAUUUCAAAUUUUUUACAUCCACAGAUUAAAUAGAUUAA